UUAGAUUUCGAUGUGUCUCCAAGCUUUGGUCCUCUAUCAUCACCAGCCAAUAUUUCCAAAACAAACACAUAACGACUAUUACUGCUUCCUCAGCUCCUCCUAGCCUCCUCAUCACUUUCCUCGCCCCUUUCGGUACCAUUUACGAAAACCUGCUUACGUUGGUCUUAUGUCCUAACCUUAAAACAUCGUUGUAUCCCUCUUCUUCAUGUCGUAUACCUUCUAGAGAUAUAGAUAUGAAACUGCUCAAAGUUGAAGAUAGAAAGGUGUAUAAUUCGGUUCGGGGCUUGAUCUGCAUUGGAAGUAGAUUUGAGGUGGAGAUAUAUAACCCUAGCACAAGCCAGCAAUAUAUUUUUCCUCAAAUCAGUAUUGCAGGUUUAUUUUGUAAAUCUACCGUUUACUAUUUUGGUUAUGAUCCUGUUGAAGAUCAAUACAAAGUGCUCGCCAUUAAUGAUAUGCGAAUGCAAUUGUAUCACAGUGUUGUGGUAUUGGGAAGAGAUGGAGUUUGGAGAGAGGUUCCAUGGUUUGGCUAUCUUCACCAUGCUCAGACCUCGGGGCUAUGUAUCAACGGAACCCUUUACUAUGGGGCUAUUAGGACGUACAACAAAUUCUCUAUAGUUGUGAGUUUUGAUGUUAGGCUUGAAACCUUCAACAUCAUUAAAGGACCAGUGUUUGAGAAGCUUAAUAAUGAGUUUAAAAGCGAUUUUACGGAUAAAACUCUUAUUAACUUUUGGGGGAAAAUUGCUGUUGUCGAGAAACCUCGUCGUGGUAGUUUUAGAAUGUGGGUUCUAAAAGAUGCUAAGAAAGAGGAAUGGUUCAUGAACAUAUAUCGCUUGCCCGAAUCUGCUGCUUGCCUUGACUUAGACGUCAUGACCUACUUUUAUGCCGGCGAGAUUUGUCUGGUUUCAAAAAAACUGUCUGAUCCGUUUUGUCUUUUCUUUUAAAACUUGAAGAUGGAACGCAUCAGAAAUGUCAUAAUUGAAGGACUGCCUAUUUCCGUUCUUAAGGAAUUCAGUUACCUUACUAUGACGGUCUCAGAUCAUUAUGAUAGCUUCAUGUCCAUAUUAACAUGAAGUUAUAAGUUU